AUGCCGCUCCUCCCCAUGCCUGGCUCCCCCGCUUCUUCCUGGGCCGUCUAUCGUGCGCGCUUGAAGGCUGUCUUCCACGGCGCUGAUCCACGCGUAUGCGCCGCCUUUUGGUUGUUUGGCCUCAUUAACAAUGUCCUCUACGUAAUCAUCCUCUCCGCUGCUCUCGACCUCGUUGGUCCAAAUGUCCCCAAAGGCGCCGUACUUCUAGCCGAUGUUAUCCCUUCGUUCCUGACAAAACUAUGCGCCCCAUACUUCAUACACAAGAUCCCAUACACUGUUCGCAUCCUCAUAUUCGUCGCUCUCUCGGCAUGCGGCAUGCUCAUCAUCGCCCUCACCCCUCCGCUGCAAGACUCGAGGACCAUUGCCAUCAAGAUGUGUGGAGUGAUGCUUGCCAGUCUGAGCAGUGGAGGUGGUGAACUGAGCUUCCUUGGCCUAACGCAUUACUAUGGCCACUUUGCUCUGGCUUCUUGGGGCUCAGGUACUGGCGGCGCAGGUCUAAUCGGUGCCGGAGCGUAUGCCAUCGCGACCAACACGCUGGGCGUUACCCCUCGCACAAGUCUACUUGUCUUUUCCUUCCUGCCGCUAAUCAUGGUCUUGAGUUUUUUCGUCAUACUCCCACUUGGGCCGCUGCGUGCUGGCGCUCCGAAACAAGGUGGUUACGAAGCCAUCGAUGACCAAGGGGACGACGAGGAAGACGAGGUUGCCCAGACGCAUGAACAAGACGAUCUACUGUCUUCCUCCAUGCAUUCGGCUUCAGGGCGCAGCUUCACUUCCGUCAAUAACAAGGGUGCUAACAGUGCACUGAGUAGCUUCCGGGCGAACCUCAACCGGGCGCGAGGAUUGUUCUUCCCGUACAUGUUGCCCCUACUCCUCGUCUACAUUGCUGAGUACACCAUCAACCAAGGCGUUGCACCUACUCUGCUAUUUCCCCUCGAAUCCUCCCCCUUCGACGAAUACCGUUCUUUCUACAGCACGUACAACGCCAUCUACCAGGUUGGUGUUUUCAUCUCACGCUCAUCCACACCCUUCAUACGCAUACACCACCUAUACGUCCCAUCACUUCUUCAAGUGGCCAACCUCAUCAUCCUCGCCCUGCACGCCAUGUUCAAUUUCAUCCCGAGCUACUACAUCGUGUGCGUUAUCAUAUUCUGGGAAGGCCUGUUAGGCGGGUUGGUCUAUGUCAGUACCUUUGCUGAGAUCACGGAUAACGUUCCGAAAGAGGAUAGGGAAUUUAGUCUGGGUGCGACCAGUGUGAGUGAUUCUGGAGGUAUAUGCAUCGCUGGGUUCUUAGGCAUGGCCAUUGAGAUACAUAAACUCGCAUUGAUCUUCUACAAGAUGUCACCGAUCCUUAUCUACAACACUACGGGCGGGAUAAUGAGACUACUCCCGCAAGAGGCUUCAAAAUAUUCCAGUAACCCACCUCAGUCUGCACCUGACGCAACAGAGCUCGACACAAAUAAUUCGACACUGCACUCUGACGCUCAGCAACAACAGGAAAUGAAGGCCGGUUUGCCACAGUACCAUAUCAACGGUGUGGAAUUGAGAUGGAGUCCAGCCUGCAAUAUCAUCCCCCAAUAUCCCAUACGAAUUACGGGACUAAAAGACACGAAAGAGAGCACUGUGGUUGUGAGGGAUCAGGUUGGGCUGGACCAGUUGGUCAUGCAUGUGAAAUGGAGGCGAUGUGGGAACCACCUGGAGAAAGACGAUCUUGAACCACUCGACAUCUUCGAUGGUCUGGGUCGUGAGGGAAAACAACAGGGUGUCAUAUUCGAGGAGUACGUGGGUUGUAGAACGGAUGGGGAUUGUGAGAACGAGGACGAUGAUGAGGAAGUAGAUGUAUUUUCGCCCGUCUUUGUCCAGGUAGACGUACUCGGUGCUACUGAUGCCGCUGUCUACGAAGAUGACGAGGACGCCGAGACGGAAGUUGACGAGAAGGUCGGCCUAAGAAGACAUGAACAGGCCACCAAUGACAACAGGGACAAGAUCCACGUUUCUUCACAAGAGAAACUAGAUACCCUUCUCGCCAGGCAUCGGGAUAAUGAAUCCCAAAAGUCGUCUACACUGGCUUCGUCGCCACAACGGAGCGACAGUGUGGUUGGGUCGUUGAGACUGAACCCUCAACUGUACUGCACCGACAUAGAUGGUAUCAGUAUCAGUUCCUCCGCCUCGUCGGAAACUUCGGCAAGUGAAGAGUAUGAUACCCCAUUAUCCGAGCAUUUUGUCAAUGGAGAAAUCGUAUGCACAGGUGGCCUUACUCUUGAGGCUCGAGAUUUGACGCAGAUUGAAAACGAGGCGAAAGAUUUGGUGUUUAGCCGUGGACGUUCUGUGAGUAUGGCUGUGAGGAGAAGGUACAGGAAGAAGACUACUGGGGUACAUAAGGUGAAGAAGUUUGUGUCUAGUUUCUUCAAACAUGUUGGUGGUCUGUGUUACAGUGCAUACCAACUAAAAGUCAUUCCAACUAUUAAAAUGUCAGCAUACAUCGAAACCGCAUGGCCUUGCCAGCAGAACCUUGAUAUCCGCGAGAUCCAAGCAACACCUGUCGCCCUUGUCAGGUUCCCUCUGCAGAUU